GUUUGCCUAGGCACGGAGGGGAAGUGAGAGUAUGAUACCGUAGGAGAGGAAUGAGGAGCCGGAGCAGUAGGAGCACGGGUUUCGGCCUUGGAAAAUACACCCUUAUUCAUAUGGAUGGUGGCUCUUUGCGACUAUAUAAAGGCCUUAAAGACCCUGAGGGAUGAUUUCUUUCUUUCACUAUUUCCUACCGGAUUUGAUAAUUCGAAUACAGUCACGUUAUCGGACAAAUACUUUACGCUAUACUUUUGGUUCUUAGCUAAUUUAUCUUUUUUGGUAACCAAGUCUUUACCAGUAUAAUUCGCCAUGAGCAAUACUAUCAAUAAACUCGAGGACUUGGUCACUGGCCAUCACGACAAUUCUGUCACCACGACUGACACUAGAUCGACUGGUGCUCAUGGAACACACUCAACCACGCAACCCAACACUUCUACUGGCCGCACUGCUGGCCCACAUAGGUCCGAUAUGGCCAACCGUGCUGACCGUAUGUCUUUCGGUUCUUGUGUACCUUCUAUUUUCAAUUGGGUUGGUACUGAAUCUGCUUUUAUAGCCCGUGUCGACUCAGACCGUGACUACCGCGGAAACCCAGUUGGUGGGACUGGUGUAGGUGGGAUGGGUUCGGCCCAUACCUCAGGCUCAACAAAUUAUGGUCCUCAUGAUUCGAGUACGAUGAACAAAGUGGAUCCCCGCGUCGGUUUUGACGGCGAUGAGCGCAGUGGAUUCACUGGUACUCAUGGAGCUCACGGUGCUACUGGGGUUGGAUCUACCGGAACAUAUACUGACACUACUGGUAAUGAUACUUCCGCCAAUGUUGGUCCUCAUGACUCCAACAUAAUGAACAAGUUGGACCCCCGUGUCGACUCCGACCGUGACGGCCGUGCAGGUCUUGGUUCCACGACUUGCGGAAAACCUGGCACUACCGGCAUGGGUUCGACAGCUCAGGGCACCCCUGGAGUGGCCGGCGUCUCCACAGGAGCAUAUGGAGCCAUGCCAGGCGGGGCCUCGCACACCGCUGCAUAUCCCGGCCCUGCACCUAAAACUGCAGGCCCACAUAAGAGCGACAUGAUGAACAAAUUGGAUCCCCGUGUGGACUCUGACCUUGACGGUAGCAAGAUCUUCGGCGCUGAUAAGACCCAUGCUGCUGGUACUGGCACCGGGGCUGCUGGAAGUACGCAUUAGUAAGUUUGGUUAUUCCUCUGCCUUUUAUUUAUUCUUCUGAAGUAGAGCAAGCCACUGAUAUAGGGGGAUUGUGUAGUUGAUUAAGGACUCGCUCGCCGCAGCGCAGAUAUCACCGAGCGACUUCUAGAAGGCCGUCGAUGUGAAUUAUUCUGCUUCUAGGGGGAGUAAGCUUGAUAAUUUUUUUUGUUGUUGGUCAGAAAUGGAUGGUUUUGUUCGUGUGAUUGUGAGCUUUCGUAUUUUUUUUAGGAAUUGGAUUGGAUUGGUUGCUUGGGUAGCCCAUCAUGGUAGAAUCAGAUGUAGUCGAGAAUUUGCUACUUUGAAAGAGAGAUGCUGUAAAAAUGUGCUACUCGGCUAGCUCCUUGAGAUAAAGACAGUAAAAAAAAAGGAAGACAAAUUUUGCGAGAAGAGAUAAUCCAAACACGGCUUUUUUGCCCAGCCAAGAAGCUCUCCAAAGUGGUUUGAGUUUUUCAUAGACCGCGUGAGCCCUCAGCGAGACCACCCUAUAUGGGACUCAAAAUCCGCUUUGGAAAUCCGUUCGACAGUACUGUGUGCAUGAC